AUGGCUACGGCUGCUGCUGCCCGUACCUUUACCAAGGCCUUCCCUCGAAGCGCCUCUUCCGCGACCUCCUCUCUCCGCCUGGCCGCUCGGCCCACCAGAAACAAUGCCGCCAAGCGAGUCUUCCAGCAAUCCUCCCGUCGGCAAUACUCGUCUGCUCCAGAACCGGCCAAGAAGUCGAGCACUGGCGCAAUCGUUGGAGGAGCCGCCGCCGCCGCCCUGCUGGCAGGUGGAUUGUACUUCUACACCAAAGAGGGUGGUUUGCCCGAAGUUCAUCUGAAGUCCGGCAGCGCAGGACAAUCAGCUGGUCUCAUCAAUCCUACCAAGGAAGACUACCAGAAGGUGUACAACGCAGUUGCAAAGGCUCUCUGGGAGCAUGACGAAUACGAGGACGGAUCGUAUGGUCCUGUGGUUCUGCGAUUGGCGUGGCACGCUUCUGGCACCUACGACGCUGCCACCGGCACUGGCGGUAGCAACGGUGCUACCAUGCGGUUCUCUCCCGAGGCCGACCAUGGUGCCAACGCAGGCUUGAAGGUGGCCCGGGAUUUCUUGGAGCCCAUCAAACAACAAUUCCCCUGGAUCUCCUACUCUGACCUGUGGACCUUGGCCGGUGUCUGUGCCAUCCAGGAGAUGCAAGGCCCCAAGGUUCCGUGGCGACCAGGCCGACAAGACAGGGACGUUGCCUUCUGCACUCCCGACGGUCGUCUGCCAGACGGCUCCAAGGACCAAAACCACAUUCGGCAAAUUUUCGGCCGAAUGGGCUUCAAUGACCAGGAAAUGGUUGCUCUAUCUGGCGCUCACGCCCUGGGACGAUGCCAUGUUGAUCGCUCCGGCUUCGAUGGUCCCUGGACCUUCUCGCCAACCGUCCUGACCAACGACUACUACCGCCUUCUGCUCGAGGAGAAGUGGGACUGGCGCAAGUGGAACGGCCCAAAGCAGUACCAGGACGUCAAGACCAAAUCUCUGAUGAUGUUGCCCACCGAUAUGGCGCUCAUCAAGGACCCUAGCUUCCGGAAAUACGUCGAAAUCUACGCAAAGGACAACGAUCGCUUCUUCAAGGACUUCUCCGCCGCCGUCUGCAAGCUGUUCGAACUGGGUGUCCCGUUCAAGAGCAGUGAGAGUGACAGAAUCGUCUUCAAGACUUACUCUGAGCAAGAGGAGUCGAAGGAGGAAUAA